AUGCAGCUACAGCAGCAGUCAGCGUCCACGGUACAUGAAGCGUGGUCAAGCAUCCAACCAGAAGAGAUGCCCAUUGCUGUGGAGUUGGCGAAGAGGCGUAACGCGGCUACAGUAGCAGUCAGGAAAGACCUGAAGCGUGGCCAAGCAUCCAACCGAAGAGAUGCCCUUGGCAGUGGACGUCCACGGUACCUGAAGCGUGGCCAAGCAUCCAAACGAAAGGGAAUGCCCUUUGCAGUGGAGUUGGCGAAGAGUCGUAACGCGGCUACAGUAGCAGUCAGGUUUGCGUUAGCGUCCACGUUACCUGAAGCGUGGUCAAGCAUCCAACCGGCAGAGAUGGCCUUUGCAGUGGAGUUGGCGAAGAGGCGUUAUGCGGCUACAGCAGCUGUCAGGUUUGCGUUAGGUUAUGUGGACAACGUCAUCGACAAACGUCCACGGUACCUGAAGCGUGGCCAAGCAUCCAACCGAAAGGGAAUGCCCUUUGCAGUGGAGUUGGCGAAGAGUCGUAACGCGGCUACAGUAGCAGUCAGCAAUGUUACAGCGUUCACGGUACAUGAAGCGUGGUCAAGUAUCCAUCCAGAAGAGAUGCCAUUUGCAGUGGAGUUGGCGAAGAGGCGUAAUGCAGCUAAAGUAGCAGUCAGGUCCCACAUGCCUGAAGGGGAGUUUUGUUCCCGAAAAAUGUUCCUUGGUUAUGGUCUUAGCGACUGGAGUGAAUGGUCGAAUUGCAAGGGAAAGAACUGCAGAGGCGGCCAUAAGUCACGUGAUAAAGAUGGUAUACCACGUGACACAGAGGUGAGAGCGAGGUACCGCGCAUGCAGCAUUGACCAAUCAAAUCCUUGCGCGUGCUAUGGCGAAAAGGAAGAUCAUACACCGGCAACUUGUGCGCCAUGCUUUACCGGAACUACAAAGGAGUGUUUUAUAAACAAAGAUUGUUACAAUGGAAACAUAAGCGAGGCAUACUGCAGCGAGGACAAUAAAUGUUGCAUCAGAACGGAGGAAGAAGGAGAUAAAGACAAAGAGGAAACUGAGAGUGUAGAAAACGACGGUGGCACUAAAGAAGAAAAUAGCCGCGAAAACGGGACGAACAAUCAAGAUAAAUCAGAAGGUACCAAAGAUGUAGAGAGUGGGAACACAAAUACUAAAGAUAACGAAGCAACCAAUAGUGAUGUUAACGAAAGCGGUACCUCAAACACUAAAGACAUUGAGAGCGGUAACAGUGAAGAAAACGAGACAAGUAGCACUGACGAUAAAGAGGGUGAUAAAACUGAAAGCAACGACAGCGGCAACAAAGAAGACAACGAGAGCGAUGAAACCAAAAGAGAAGACAACGAGAGUGGUGAAACCAACACAGAAGACAAAGAGAUCGGUGAAACCAACACAGAAGACAACGACAGUGGUGAAACCAACACAAAAUACAACGACAGCGGUAAAACCAAAACAGAAGAAAAGGACAGCGGUGAAACCAAAACAGAAGACAACGACAGCAAUGAAACCAAAACAGAAGACAACGACAGCGGUGAAACCAAAACAGAAGACAACGGCAGUGGUGAAACCAAAACAGAAGACAACGGCAGUGGUGAAACCAACACAGAAGACAACGAGAGUGGUGAAACCAAAACAGAAGACAACAACAGUGGUGAAACCAAAACAAAAGACAACGUCAGUGGUGAUACCAACACAGAAGACAACGACAGUGGUGAAACUAAAACAGAAGACAACGCUAGUGGUGAAACCAAAACAGAAGAAUACGCUAGUGUUGAAACCAACACAGAAGACAACAAGAGUGGUGAAACCAACACAGAAGACAACGACAGUGGUGAAACCAACACAGAAGACAACGACAGCGGUGAAACCGACACAGAAGACAACGACAGUGGUGAAACCAACACAGAAGACAACGACAGUAGUGAAACUAACACAGAAGAAAACGCGAGUGGUGAAACCAACACAGAAGACAACGACAGUAGUAAAACCAACACAGAGGACAACGAGAGCGGUGAAACAAAAACAAAAGAUAGCGAGAACAGUGAUACCAAAACAGAAGACAAUGAGAGUGGUGCAGACAAAACAGAUGACAACGACAGCGGUAAAACAAACACAAAAGAUACCAACAGUGGUGAAACCAACUCUGAAGACAACGAGAGCGUAGAAAUCAAAACAAAAGACAAUGAGAAUGGUGAAACCAAAACAGAAGACAAUGAGAGUGGUAAAAGCAACACAAAGGACAACGACAGUGGUGAAACCAAAACAAAAGACAACGAGAUUGGUGAAACCAACACAGAAGACAACGAGAGUGGUAAAACAAUCAAAGAAGACAACGACAGUGCUGAAACGAAAACAGAAGACAACAACAGUGGUGAAACCAACACAGAAGACAACGACAGUGGUGAAACCAACACAAAAGACAAUAACAGUGGUAAAACCAACACAGAAGACAAAGACAGUGGUGAAAACAAAACAGAAAACAACAACAGUGGUGAAACCAAAACAGAAGACAACGACAGCGGUGAAACCAACACAGAAGACAAUGAGAGUGGUGAAACUAACACAAAAGACAACGACAGUGGUGAAACUAACCCAGAAGACAACGACAGUGGUGAAACAAACACAGAAGACAACGACAGUGGUGAAACAAACACAGAAGACAACGACAGCUUUGAAACAAAAACAAAAGACAAUAACAGCGGUGAAACCAACACAGAAAACAACGAGAGUGGUGAAACCAACACAGAAGACAACGACAGUGGUGAAACCAACACAGAAGACAAGGAUAGUGGUCAAACCAAAAGAGAAGACAACGAGAGCGGUGAAACUAAAACAGAAGACAACGACAGCGGUGAAACCAACAAAGAAGACAAUGACAGCGGUGAAACCAAAACAGAAGACAAUGACAGCAGUGAAACCAUCAUAGAAGACAACAAGAGCGGUGAAAUCAAAACAGAAGACAACAACAGCGGUGAAACCAACACUGAAGACAACGACAGUGGUGAAACCCUUACAGAAGACAAAAUGAAUGAUGAAAACCUUACAGAAGACAACGACAGUGGUGAAACCAACAAAGAAGACAACGACAGUGGUGAAACGAAAACAGAAGACAAUGACAGCGGUGAAACCAACACAGAGGACAACGACAGAAGUAAAACCAACACAGAAGACAACGAGAGCGGUUACACCGAUGGCAACGAGAGCGGUAACACUAAAGACAGCGAAAGCGGUAACACAGAAGACCAAGAGAGUGAUAACACUGAAGGCAACGAGAGUGGUAUGACUGAAGUCAACGAGAGCGGUAAGACUGAAGACAUCGAGAGCGGUAAUACUGAAGACAACGACAGCGGUAACACUGAAGACAACGAGAGUGGUAACACUGAAGACAACGAGAGUGGAAAUACUAAAGGCAACGAGAGUAGUAACACAGACGACAACGAGAGCGGUAACACUAAAGGCACCGAAAGUGGUAACACUGAAGGCAACGAGAGCGGUAACACUGAAGACAACGAGAGAAGUAACACUGACGACAACGAGAGUGGUAACACUGAAGGCAACGAGAGUGGUAACACUGAAAGCAACGACAGCGGUAACACUGAAGGCAACGAGAGCGGUAACACUGAAGACAACGAGAGUGGUAACACUGAAGACAACGAGAGUGGAAAUACUAAAGGCAACGAGAGUGGUAACACUGAAGGCAACGAGAGUGGUAACACUGAAUGCAACGAGAGCGGUAACACAGACGACAACGAGAGUGGUAACACUGAAAGCAAUCUGAGUGGUAACACUGAAGACAAAGAGAGCGGUAACACUGAAGGCAACGAGAGUGGUAAAACAGAAGGCAACGAGAGCAGUAACACUGAAGGCAACGAAAGUGGUAAAACAGAAAGCAACGAGAGCGGUAACACUGAAGGCAACGAAAGCGGGUACCCUGAAGGCAAUCUGAGCAGUAACAGUGAAGGCAACGAGAGUGGUAAAACAGAAGGCAACGAGAGCGGUAACACUGAUGAAACUGAGAGCGGUUACACUGAAGACAACGAGAGCGGUAACACUGAAGACAACGAGAGUGGUAACACUGAAGGCAAUUUGGGUGAUAACACUGAAGGCAACGAGAGUGUUAAACCUGAAGACAACGAAGGCGAUAACACUGAAGGCAACGAAAGUGGUAAAACAGAAGACAACGACAGCGGUAACAAUGAAGACAACGAGAGUGAAAACACUGAAGGCAACGAGAGUGAAAACACUGAAGGCAACGAGAGUGGUAACACUGAUGUCAACGAAAGCGGUAACACAGACGACAACGAGAGUGGUAACACUGAAGGCAAUAUGAGUGGUAACACUGAAGACACCGAGAGCGGUAACACUGAAGGCAACGAGAGUGGUAAAACAGAAGGCAACGAGAGCGGUAACACUGAAGGCAACGAGAGUGGUAACACUGAAGACAACGAGAGCGGUUACAUUGAAGGCAACGAGAGUGGUAACACUGAAGGCAACGAGAGCGGUAACACUAAAGGCACCGAGAGUGGUAACACUGAAGGCAACGAGAGCGGUAACACUGAAGACAACGAAAGAAGUAACACUGACGACAACGAGAGUUGUAACACUGAAGGCAACGAGAGUGGUAACACUGAAGGCAACGACAGCGGUAACACUGAAGGCAACGAGAGCGGUAACACUGAAGACAACGAGAGUGGUAACACUGAAGACAACGAGAGUGGAAAUACUAAAGGCAACGAGAGUGGUAACACUGAAGGCAACGAGAGUGGUAACACUGAAGGCAACGAGAGUGGUAACACAGACGACAACGAGACUGGUAACACUGAAAGCAAUCUGAGUGGUAACACUGAAGACAAAGAGAGCGGUAACACUGAAGGCAACGAGAGUGGUAAAACAGAAAGCAACGAGAGCGGUAACACUGAAGGCAACGAAAGUGGUAAAACAGAAAGCAACGAGAGCGGUAACACUGAAGGCAACGAAAGCGGUAACCCUGAAGGCAAUCUGAGCAGUAACAGUGAAGGCAACGAGAGUGGUAAAACAGAAGGCAACGAGAGCGGUAACACUGAUGAAACUGAGAGCGGUUACACUGAAGACAACGAGAGCGGUAACACUGAAGACAACGAGAGUGGUAACACUGAAGGCAAUUUGAGUGAUAACACUGAAGGCAACGAGAGUGUUAAACCUGAAGACAACGAAGGCGAUAACACUGAAGGCAACGAAAGUGGUAAAACAGAAGACAACGACAGCGGUAACACUGAUGUCAACGAGAGUGCUAAAACAGAAGACAACGAGAGCGGUAACACUGAUUUCAACGAAAGCGGUAACACAGACGACAACGAGAGCGGUAACACUGAAGGCAAUCUGAGUGGUAACAUUGAAGGCAUCGAGAGCGGUAAUACUGAAGGCAACAAGAGUGGUAAAACAGAAGGCAACGAGAGCGGAAACACCGAAGGGAACGAAAGCGGUAACACUGAAGGCAACGAGAGCGGUAACACUAUAGGCAAAGAGAGUGCUAACACUAAUGACAACGAGAGCGGUAACACUGAAGGUAACGAAAGCGGUAACACUGAAGGCAAUAUUAGUGGUAACACUGAAAAUAACGAAAGCGGUAACACUGAAGGCAACGAGAGUGGUAAAACAGAAGGCAACGGGAGCGGUAACACUGAAGGGAACGAAAGCGUUAACACUGAAGGCAACGAGAGCGGUAACACUAUAAGCAUAGACAUUGGUAACACUGAUGACAACGAGGGUGGUAACACUGAAGGUAACGAAAGCGGUAACACUGAAGGCAACGAGAGCGGUAACACAGAUGACAUCGAGAGCGGUAACACCGAAGGCAACGAAAGUGGUAACACUGAAGGCAACGAGAGCGGUUACACUGAUGGCAACGAGAGCGGUAACACUGAAGGCAACGAGAGCGGUAACACUGAAGGCAACGAGAGUGGUAACACUGAAGACAACGAGAGCGGUAACACUGAAGGCAACGAGAGCGGUAACACUGAAGACAACGACAGCGGUAACACUGAAGGCAACGAGAGCGGUAACACUGAAGGCAACGAGAGCGGUAACACUGAAGGCAACGAGAGUGGUAAAACAGAAGACAACGAGAGCGGUAAAACAGAAGACAACGAGAGCGGUAACACUGAAGGCCACGAGAGCGGUAACACUGCAGGCAACGAGAGCGGUAACACUGAAGGCAACGAGAGUGGUAACACUGAUGGCAACGAAAGUGGUAACACUGAAGGCAACAAGAGUGGUAAAACAGAAGGCAACGAGAGCGGUAACACCGAAGGGAACGAAAGCGGUAACAUUGAAGGCAACGAGAGCGGUAACACUAUAGGCAAAGAGAGUGCUAACACUAAUGACAACGAGAGCGGUAAAACUGAAGGUAACGAAAGCGGUAACACUGAAGGCAAUCUUAGUGGUAACACUGAAAAUAACGAAAGCGGUUACACUGAAGGCAACGAGAGUGGUAAAACAGAAGACAACGAGAGCGGUAACACUGAAGGUAACGAAAGCGUUAACACUGAAGGCAACGAGAGCGGUAACACUAUAAGCAUAGACAUUGGUAACACUGAUGACAACGAGGGUGGUAACACUGACGGUAACGAAAGCGGUAACACUGAAGGCAACGAGAGCGGUAACACAGAUGACAUCGAGAGCGGAAACACCGAAGGCAACGAAAGUGGUAACACUGAAGGCAACGAGAGCGGUUACACUGAUGGCAACGAGAGCGGUAACACUGAAGGCAACGAGAGCGGUAACACUGAAGGCAACGAGAGUGGUAACACUGAAGACAACGAGAGCGGUAACACUGAAAGCAACGAGAGCGGUAACACUGAAGACAACGACAGCUGUAACACUGAAGGCAACGAGAGCGGUAACACUGAAGGCAACGAGAGCAGUAACACUGAAGGCAACGAGAGUGGUAAAACAGAAGACAACGAGAGCGGUAAAACAGAAGACAACGAGAGCGGUAACACUGAAGGCCACGAGAGCGGUAACACUGCAGGCAACGAGAGCGGUAACACUGAAGGCAACGAGAGUGGUAACACUGAUGGCAACGAAAGCGGUAACACUGAAGGCAACGAGAGUGGUAACACUAAUGACAACGAGAGCGGUAACACUGAAGGUAACGAAAGUGGUAACACUGAAGGCAACAAGAGUGGUAAAACAGAAGGCAACGAGAGCGGUAACACCGAAGGGAACGAAAGCGGUAACACUGAAGGCAACGAAAGCGGUAACACUGCAGGCAAUGACAGCGGUAACACUGAAGGCAACGUGAGUGGUAACACUGAAGGCAAUCUGAGCAGUAACACUGAAGGCAACGAGAGCGGUAAGACUGAAGGCAACGAAAGCGUUAACACUGAUGGCAACGAGAGCGGUAACACUGAAGGCAACAAAAGCGGUAACACUGAAGGCAAUCUGAGCAGUAUCAGUGAAGGCAACGAAAGUGGUAAAACAGAAGGUAACGAGAGCGGUAACACUGAUGACAACGAGAGCGGCUACACUGAAGACAACGAGAACGGUAACACUGAAGACAACGAGAGUAGUAACACUGAAGGCAAUUUGAGUGAUAACACUGAAGGCAACGAGGGUGCUCACACUGAAGGCAACAAAAGCGGUAACACUGAUGGCAACAAGAGCGGUAACACUGAAGGCAACGAGAGCGGUAACACUGAAGGCAACGAGAGUGGUAACACUGAAGGCAACGAGAGCGGUAACACUGAAGGCAACGAGAGCGGUAACACUAAAGGCAACGAGAGCGGUAACCCUGAAGGCAACGAGAGCGAUAACACUGAAGGCAACGAGAGCGGUAACACUGAUGGCAACGACAGCGGUAACACUGAAGGCAACGAGAGCGGUAACACUGAAGACAACGAGAGUGGUAACACUGAAGGCAGUCUGAAUGGUAACACUGAAAGCAACGAGAGCGAUAACACUGAAGGCAACGAGAGUGGUAAAACAGAAGACAACGAGAGCGGUAAAACAGAAGACAACGAGAGCGCUAACACUGAAGGCAACGAAAGCGGUAAAACUGCAGGCAUCGAGAGCGGUAACACUGAAGGCAACGAGAGUGGUAACACUGAUGGCAACGAAAGCGGUAACACUGAAGGCAACGAGAGUGGUAACACUGAAGGCAACGAGAGCGGUAACACUGAAGGCAACGAGAGCGGUAACACUGAAGGCAACGACAGCGGUAACACUGAAGGCAACGAGAGCGGUAACACUGAAGGCAACGAGAGCGGUAACACUGAAGGCAACGAGAGUGGUAAAACAGAAGACAACGAGAGCGGUAAAACAGAAGUCAACGAGAACGGUAACACUGAAGGCAACGAAAGCGGUAACACUGCAGGCAACGUCAGCGGUAACACUGAAGGCAACGUGAGUGGUAACACUGAAGGCAAUCUGAGCAGUAACACUGAAGGCAACGAGGGUGCUCACACUGAAGGCAACAAAAGCGGUAACACUGAUGGCAACAAGAGCGGUAACACUGAAGGCAACGAGGGUGCUCACACUGAAGGCAACAAAAGCGGUAACACUGAAGGCAACGAGAGUGGUAACACUGAUGGCAACGAAAGCGGUAACACUGAAGGCAACGAGAGUGGUAACACUGAAGGCAACGAGAGCGGUAACACUGAAGGCAACGAGAGCGGUAACACUGAAGGCAACGAGAGCGGUAACACUGAAGGCAACGAGAGCGGUAACACUGAAGGCAACGAGAGCGGUAACACUGAAGGCAACGAGAGUGGUAAAACAGAAGACAACGAGAGCGGUAAAACAGAAGUCAACGAGAGCGGUAACACUGAAGGCAACGAAAGCGGUUACACUGCAGGCAAUGUCAGCGGUAACACUGAAGGCAACGUGAGUGGUAACACUGAAGGCAAUCUGAGCAGUAACACUGAAGGCAACGAGAGCCGUAACACUGAAGGCAACGAAAGCGAUAACACUGAAGGCAACGAGAACGGUAACACUGAAGGCAACGAAAGCGGUAACACUGAAGGCAAUCUGAGCAGUAACAGUGAAGGCAACGAGAGUGGUAAAACAGAAGGCAACGAGAGCGGUAACACUGAUGACAACAAGAGCGGUUACACUGAAGACAACGAGAGCGGUAACACUGAAGACAACGAGAGUGGUAACACUGAAGGCAAUUUGAGUGAUAACACUGAAGGCAACGAGGGUGCUCACACUGAAGGCAACGAAAGCGGUAACACUGUUGGCAACGAGAGCGGUAACACUGAAGGCAACGAGAGCGGUAACACUGAAGGCAACGAGAGUGGUAACACUGAAGGCAACGAGAGCGGUAACACCGAAGGCAACGAGAGCGGUAACACUGAAGGCAACGAGAGCGGUAACACUGAAGGCAACAAGAGCGGUAACACUGAAGGCAACAAGAGCGGUAACACUGAUGGCAACGACAGCGGUAACACUGAAGGCAACGACAGCGGUAACACUGAAGACAACGAGAGUGGUAACACUGAAGGCAGUCUGAGUGGUAAUACUGAAGACAACGAGAGUGUUAACACUGAAGGCAAUGAAAGCGAUAACACUGAAGGCAACGAGAGUGGUAACACUGAAGACAACGCGAGUGUUAACACUGAAUACAACGAGAGCGGUAACACUGAUGACAACAAUAGCGACAUUACUAACAGUGUUGAAAACAACAACGGUAAUGGUGAACCAGAUUACGUUAUGUAUCCAAUGUGGUAUAGCGAGUACGAGGAAUAUGGCGAUAUUCAUAAAUAA